ACCUGAAUAUUUAUUAAUUAUCAUCUGGACCCUUCUCACACAUUUCAGCUUUAUUUUUUAUUUUGAGUUUUGGGAGAGACAGUUUAGCUUCAAGUGGAAUCGUCCCGAUGUCUAAGAAACGAGGUCUUUCAUUAGAAGAGAAGCGUGGAAAGAUUCUUGAAAUAUUUUACGAGUCUCAAAACUUCUUUCUGCUGAAGGAACUUGAGAAGUUGGGUCCCAAGAAAGGUGUGAUUACCCAGUCAGUGAAAGAUGUUGUCCAAAGUUUAGUAGAUGAUGAUCUUGUUUCAAAGGACAAGAUUGGGACUUCUGUAUACUUUUGGAGCCUACCUAGCUGUGCUGGUAAUCAGUUAAGGAAUGUCUAUCGAAAACUUGAAUCUGAUCUGCAAAGCAGUAAAAAGCGAUUUGGAGAACUCGUUGAUCAGUGUGAUGCAUUAAAGAAGGGCCGAGAAGAAUCUGAUGAAAGAGAGGAGGCUGUAAAGGAGCUGAAAGACAUCGAACUGAAGCAUAAUGAGUUGAAGGACGAGAUGGGACAAUAUGCAGACAAUGAUCCAGCUGCCUUUGAGGCAAUGAAAAAUGCAACUGAAGUCGCUCAUGCAGCAGCAAACAGAUGGACAGACAACAUCUUCACUCUGCGACAGUGGUGUUCAAAUAACUUUCCUCAGGCUAAAGAGCAGCUUGAACACCUGUACAGAGAGGUAGGAAUAACUGAUGAUUUUGACUAUUUGGAGACAUCACCAGUUGUUCCACUCAGCUCAGUCGAUAAGCUGGAAGGUACUCCUUAGUAUGACUUAUCUUCCCUUUGGGGUGGAACUCGAUGAUUCAUCAGUAGACACUCGCAAUGACUAAUACGUGUAAAGCCUGUCAACUCCAUAUUACAUACUUUGCACGCAGAUGUGUUGUUCAAGGAUGUGUGAAAUAAUUAUACAUAGCCAGCCGUAUGCUGAAUAAACUGUUCUCAUUCAAAUUAACUUGAGUCAUGUGUGCUGUAGAAAGAACAGGUAUUGAGUUGAUUUUUUUUUCAGCCUCAGUUUAUGGUUCGAUUCGCUCAUCAGUCUUUGAUACAGUAAAUGGAGAUUUCGUCAGAAGCUACGCGUUUGUGAUAUACCCUUCUUGGUAUCCGGCAAAUUUGUUGAAUGUGUAAAAUGAUGAGCCAACUCUAGCAAAUUAACAAUCUUCUUUAUGCUUCAGGUCAAAGAAUUCAUACAUUUCUUGGGCUUCUUUAAGGUUUUUAAAAGCUUGUUUUAUAAUGAAGAUAAGGACAUAAAACGUGAUGGAAACUGAUGGUGCUUAUCAAACUCUGGUUUUUAAACAACUCCAGUUGUUUUAAAGUGCGGACGGAGAGCUCAUUGUAUUAUGUGUUACGUAAGAUCUCACAGAUAUUUAACAAUAUUUAGAUUCGUAUUUCAAAAGUGAGUGAUAAAAACUAAGGAUUAUCAAGAAGACAAAGAGUAACUAAACAACUUUUUUGUAUCCAAAUAAUGCCGUAAAAUCGUGGUAGCAUGUCAUGU